CAGUUGAUCUAUAUAAAGCCCACGGAAGUAUAGUUUACAUUUGGAAACAAUAUUUUAAGCAUCUAUUAGUAACAAUGGUUCAAGAACAAGCAUAUUACGGUAAGGGUUACAAAAAAGCAAUUUCAGAUACUCACGCUUGGAGAAAGGUUGAUAAUGCCGCUGCAUUCGUCAUUCCUGUACUUAAGCCAAACUUUAAAGUGCUAGAUGUAGGCAGUGGACCAGGUACGAUUACUGUUGAUUUUGCUGAUAAUUACCUUACUGAAGGUGGUAGUAUUAUCGGGGUUGAGCCUACUCAAGAAGUCUUAGACACUGCUGAAGCAUACAAGAAGAAGUAUGCCGAGGAAAACAACAAGAGCCUCGAUAAUGUGACAUUCCAAAAGGGAUCAAUUUAUGAAUUACCUUUUGAAGACAACACUUUUGAUUUAGUGCAUGCCCAUCAAGUUGUUCUCCACUUACAAGACCCAGUCUCUGGGUUAAAAGAGUUGAGAAGAGUCACUAAACCAGGAGGUUUCGUUUGUGUUAAAGACAGUGAUCUUGAAUCAUCGGUUGUAACUCCUGCAAAGUACCAAAAACUUCAGGAUUAUUAUGUCAUCAAGGCAAAAGCUUCCGGAUACACUGACUCUCAAGCAGGAAGAAAAUUAAGAGGUAGAGCAAUUGAAGCUGGUUACGAGGCUGCUAGUAUUCAAACUACUGUGUCAAACUGGGUGAUUACUGAUGUCUAUAUCAAGAAGUUGUAUUACAAGUUGAUCACUAGUAGAGUUCAAAAUGCUGGUGAAGAACUUUAUCCUGGUGAUGCUGAAAAGAAUCAAUAUGCUAAGAAGGUAUUUCUUGACUUGUUUAAGGAGUUUUCUGAUGACGAAACUAGUAUGAAAGUCCAUGCAAAUUAUGAAAUUACCUAUCAAAAGCCAGAGUAGAAAUGCAUUAUAUAGAACUAGAAUAGAU